AUGGUCUUCGAUGUUCUUCCCGCUCCAGUCGAUGCCCAGGCUCUGGAAAAGAGAUAUGAGAUCCUCAAUCAACUUGAAUGCCAAUUUGCAAGUCAGCCCCAGUGGCAUGAAUGCGAGUCACCGGCUGAAUAUCGAAAAAUGCGCCGAGAAGGUCACAAUGGAUUCGCAGCUCCUGUUCUGAACCCCAAUGCAAGGAUUAUUCAUGCUUCUGCAAGAGAUGGGCAUGAGAUUGAAUUGCGGAUCAUUCAUCCAAGCCAGAGUCAAAGCAGGGGCGUCUGGCUACACUUUCACGCUGUUCCACAAUGGGCUCAAGGCGGCUUUGUUAUUGGAAGCAACGCAUCUUAUGACCCUUAUUUGACUGUUCUCGCCGAUCGUCUGUCUCUUACUAUGGUAUCUGUUGAGUACCGUUUGGCUCCAGAGCACAAAUUUCCCCAACAACUACAUGACUGCAUAGAUGCAGCAAUAUUCGCUUUGUCCCGGAAAGGCGAAAACGCUCUGGGCGCGUCAUUGAAAGUCCUAGGCGGAGAAUCUGCGGGAGGCUGGCUCGCAGUAUCAACGGCACUAGCUUUACGCAGAGACUUUGACAUCGAUGUCCAAUCUUCUCUGAAGGCAAUUGUUGCGGGAUAUGGUAUUUAUGAUCUUAGCUAUACACCCUCACUUCUGGAACACAAGCGCAAUCUCGUCUUGAGUAAAGAAGGGAUGAUGAGGUUUGCUGAGGCUGCAUUCGAAGAUGUGCCUAUUGAGAAUAGGAAACAACCGCUUGUCUCACCUUUAUAUGAAAACCUGAAGGAAAUGCCACCGGCAUUGUUUCUCAGUGGCGAUAUUGAGCCGUUGGUGGAUGACAGUAUCUUCAUGGCUGCCAGAUGGCAAAGAGCGGGUAAUUUUGCAGAUUUGAAAAUCAUCAGCGGGGCUUGCCAUGCUUUUACAAUAAUUCGAAUGGGAGAUGCGACAACAGAGGGCUUGGAUUAUAUCGUCAAAUUCUUGGAAACGCACCUAUCCUAA